CUAUCCGUUGCUAUCUCCUCUUUAUAUUUGCAUAUUCUUGAAAAGUACUGCUUGAUAUUAAAGCAAGUUAGUAAAUACACAGUUGAAAGGGAUGCACCUAGAGCGCUUAUUAUCCGCUAUGAAAUCAUUAAAAAGUGGAUAGAGUCCGGUUUUGAUUUUUAG